UAAUGGAAAGAAAGCUUUAAAACAAACAAGACUAGUUUACAAGAGUAUCCAAAGGAUCGACUGACCUUCAAACCAGAGACUGAGUAAGGCAGCCUGAAUUUAUUGUGAUAGAAAUGCUUAGUCUUUAUUGGAAUCUGCAGAGUCUUCUGGUGAUCACUUAAACACUACUUUUUAUUAAUUAUUUGGAUUAAAAGUAUAAACAUUAGAAAAGGUUCGGAUAAAUCUGCUCUGGACUGAGUCCAGAGGUAUGGAUUCUCUCUGGAAGACCUUCUCAGUACUAUUCCUCUGUCUGUUCUCUUGGAUAAAGUGCAGUUUUGAGUAUAUUCAAAGACAUUUUUGGUUUAAGAGUAAAUUAACAUGUGUAAUGAAGAGUCUAAACAGUUUUACAGCAUGGAGUCAUUCUGAUGUUGAUAAGAUAAAGAGUAAACCUGAUGGCAGCCAAACAGACACAUGGAAAAUGGACCAGGAAGCUAGGACAUAUCGUUACCACAGGAACGGACCCAUGUUUACCAUCCAGACCAGCACAUACCCUUUCUAUGUUGAUGUUGAGCGACUGGCAGACUGUAGUGAUUACUUCAGGGCACUGUAUAACUCCUGCAUGAGAGAAAGUACAGAGCAUCAAGUGAACCUCUCCCAUGUGCCCUCCAGAGUGUUCCACAACCUCCUGCAGUUUUGCUUUCUACAAAGAUUCUCUGUUCCUUAUAAUCUUCUAGAGGAGCAUUUACGUGUCAGCACGUAUCUGUUGGUUCACGGAUUCACUCGUUGCCUGCUGUCAUCUCUGUCCGAAAAUCUCACCGAACAAACAUUUCUGCAUUACCUGCAGCUGGCUGAGGAGCUAAGCAGUGUUGAGCUCUAUGAAACUGUGUUGACAUACCUGAGCACAAACCUUCUAGAGCUUCCUCACUUGAGCAGGAGCCUGGACCUCAACCUACAACUGGAGAUCCUUCAGAUCAGGUCAAAGGGCUCACCUCAUCUGUGCUGCCUGAGGAAAGAGAAUCUGAUUUCACGAAACAUUCAAGAAACAGACUCUGCAAGGAGGCUUUUCAGGCUGGAUGAGGAUGAUGGAAAAUGGAGUACUGUUACAGAUUUGCCGUUUAGUGCAGAUAAGUGGUGCUUCACCACAGCAGUCCUGUUUAACUAUCUCUUCCUCAUUGGUGGGUUCCGGCAACACGUGAAAAGAGGAUAUGAAUUCAAGAUGGCCUCCUUUCGAUAUAAUCCUUUAACAAAUAAAUGGGUAUCAACAGCCCCUCUUAUCAAGCACAGGCGCCACUUCAGUGCAGCGGUGUGUGAGGGACAAAUCUACGCUGUAGGAGGCUGGUAUCUGGACUCCCUGGUGACUCCUGACUCCAGCACAGGAGUGUAUACAGCAGUGGAGCGAUAUGACCCUUGGACAGAUUCAUGGGCUUUUGUCUCCUCGCUCCCCCUCUCAGACUUCCAGUUUACCCUUUCCCUCUCCCAUGAUUCCCCACUCACCACCAGCCUAGGGACAAACCUCUAUGUGCUUGGGAACAUCCAGAGAACUGGAGAGAAACUAGUACUAUGCUAUGAUACCACACAAGACUGCUGGAGUGAGUUACUUCCUACCCUCACACGCACUGAUGCAGAUAUGCCCAGCCUCCACUUUCUGGGAUCCACUGACAGGUUGAUUGUGAUUGGUGGUAACAAUAUUGAAACCAUGGUCACAUCAUUCUGUGUGGAGACCCAGAAGUGGGGUCAGAUCAGAAGCAUGGAGAAGACAGCUUUAAUCGGCCAAGGCACAGUUUUCAAUGAAGAAGUCUACAUGUCUGGAAAUCAGGAGGACACGAUCUAUCGGCUGAACAUCCAGUCUCUGUCUUUGUCCACCCUUCCCUCGCUUCCUGUCUGUACUUGCUAUGAGAGCUGUUUCCAUCUCUUUUUCUGAAUCAUUCAUACCA